GAUCUGGGUGAGCCCAGGCUGGGUUUUACAGGAAUGAGCCGGGCUUAUCCCGGGCUGUGACACCGCCGUGUCCGGGAGGUGUGACCGCGCUGGCACAGGGAGCGCUCAGCCCUGCCCUGCCCUGCCCGUACCUGCGGCUGUGCUGACGUGACACUGUCCGCUCUCCGGGCCUGAAGGAUUCUGAAGGAUUCUGAAGGAUUCUGAAGGAUUCUGAAGGAUUCUGGCAUUUUCCCCGCAGGGAGCCAUGGCAGAGAAGAUCCUGGUGACGGGCGGCGCCGGCUACAUCGGCAGCCACUGCGUGCUGGAGCUGCUGCAGGCGGGUUUCGUCCCCGUGGUCAUCGACAACUUCCACAACGCCAUCCGAGGAUCUGAGGAGCUCCCCGAGAGCCUGCGGCGKGUGCAGGAGAUCGCACAGCAGCCCGUGCUCUUCCAGGAGCUCGACAUCACCGACGAGACCGCGCUCCAGGAGCUCUUCAGGAAGCACCGUUUCUCGGCCGUGAUGCAUUUUGCAGGGCUCAAAGCCGUGGGGGAGUCUGUGCAGAAACCUCUGGAGUAUUACAGAGUGAACCUCACCGGGACCAUCCGGCUGCUGGAGACCAUGAAGGCCCACGGCGUGAGGAACAUCGUGUUCAGCAGCUCCGCCACCGUCUACGGCGACCCCAAGUACCUCCCCCUGGACGAGAAGCACCCGGUCGGGGGCUGCACCAACCCCUACGGCAAAUCCAAGUUCUUCAUCGAGGAGAUGAUCCGGGAUCUCUGCAGAGCCGAGGGGGACUGGAACGCCGUUCUCCUGCGCUACUUCAACCCCAUYGGCGCCCACGAGUCGGGGAUGAUCGGAGAAGAUCCCCAGGGGAUCCCCAACAACCUCAUGCCCUACGUGGCACAGGUGGCCGUGGGACGCCGCGAGUUCCUGAGCRUCUUUGGGAACGACUACAAGACGGAUGAUGGAACAGGAGUCAGGGAUUACAUCCACGUGGUGGAUCUGGCCAAGGGCCACAUCGCUGCUCUGAAGAAGCUCAAGGAGAACUGUGGCUGCAAGAUCUACAACCUGGGCACAGGCACCGGCUACUCCGUGCUGCAGAUGGUGCGGGCCAUGGAGAAAGCCUCGGGGAGGGAGAUCAAAUACCGGAUCACGGCCCGGCGGGAGGGAGAYGUGGCCUCCUGCUACGCUGACCCCGCGCUGGCCGAGCGGGAGCUGGGCUGGAAAGCUGCAUUUGGCCUGGACAAGAUGUGUGAGGACCUGUGGCGGUGGCAGCUGCAGAACCCCACGGGCUUCAGCAAGAACUGAGCUGGGACCGAGGGCUGGCCUGGCCCAGGAGCUGCUCUGAGCCGGCCCUGCCUCCUUCCCGAGGGCUGUCACUGUCCUGGGACAGCGUGCCAGCUCCUCCUCCUCCUCCUGUCACCAUCCCGGGACAGCAGUGCCAGCUCCUCCUCCUCUGUCACUAUCCCGGGACAGCAAUUCCAGCUCCCCCCCUGCCUCUGGCUCGGGGCAGGAAGGCUGGAGCAUCCUCAGCCUCCACACUCCUCAUCCUCAUCCCCAUAUCCCCAGGUCUUUGCAUUUCCCAGGGCAGAUCCACACCGGAGAGCACAGAACAGAGCCAGAGCCUGGCACGCAGGGCACGGAACCCCUCGUGACAAUGCCCAGGGGCUGCUGCCAGCACGGGCACAUCUGAGUCCUGCUGAGCCCAAAGUGCAGCCAAACCCCGCUCCCUCCUGCCCCACUGCUGGGCUCCGGGGGUGCUCUGGCACCUCUGCCCUGCCCUGGCACACACAGAGCACCGGGACCCUCCCAGUCACGGACCACUCACAUUCCAAGGCCACCGUGGCUCAUUUCCCCUUUCCCCUGCCCCCCAGCACGGUUUUGGGGACCAAAUCUCAUCUCCCACAUYUCCUGCUGAGCUGGAGAAGGCCCUGCCCGGGGCUGUGCCAGCCUGGCCUGGCUGCCCAGAGCCCCCUCRGUGCCUGGCUCAGCCUCCUGUGGCAGCCACUUGCCCAGCCCCGUUGCCAAAGGCUGCCCAGGAGCUGCUCUGCCCCGGCACACACUGCUCCUGUUUAUUCCUGGCAGGGAUGACGCAGCCGGCCCCGUGUGCUGUUGGCUGGAUGAAUAACUUAUGCUCCUAAAUUAUGAAUUGAGCUUUUGAUUUGUUUUUAAAUAAACUUUCCUACUUUCUAAGUGGCAGCUUUGUUCUGCUUCCCCUCAGCCCCAAAAACGGCACCCUGGGGGCUCGUGCCAAUCCCACUCACCCCAAAUCUCUCGUCCUGCCCGGCCAGGGAUGACGCCAGCUCAGCUCCGGGAUAGGUUUAGGAUUUAUUUCACCUUGAUUCUCUGUGGAACGCACGCACACACACACAAAAAACCCCAAACAUGUACAAGGAAGACAAGAGAGAGAAGAAAAAAAAAAACGAAAAA